GUGCCAGAACAUAAUAAUGGCGUUAAUACCUACAUUUUUAAUUAAAGUCAUUGAAUUAAUUGAUUCAUCUGAAUCGGAUGAUUCUACAGAUGAGGAAGACGAAUGUGUAUUAUUUUGUCUUAAUAAGAUACGUGUAACACCAUCGCGUUCAAUACCACGCUGCAAAAAUUAUAUGGACGUGGUUCAUUCUUUUACAGAUGAUGAAUUCAAGAAACAUUUUCGUAUGAAACAAAGUACUUUCAACUUUAUAUUGGAAUUAUUACGACCAGAAUUAUGCAAACAAAACGACAAAUCUGGAAGGCAUCCAAUAACCCCUGAAAAACAAUUACUUCUAGCUAUCUGGUUCAUGAGUACACCAAAUUCCUAUAGAUGUGUUUCUGACAGAUUUGAUGUCGGAACAGCUACAGCAUAGCGAAGUGUCCAAAGAGUAGUAAAGGCUUUAUAUAAAAAAGUAGCAACAUUUAUUCACUGGCCAACUUUAGAAGAAGCUGAACAAAGUAUAGAAACAAUCAAACGAACUUAUGGUUUUCCUGGUGUUAUUGGUGCAAUAGAUGGAACUCACAUAAAAAUUAUUGGCCCAAGAGAUAACAGUGAUUCCUAUAUAAAUAGAAAAGGGUUUCACUCUAUUCAAUUACAGGUUGUUUGUAAUGAACGGCUACAAUUCAUACAUUGCUAUACAGGACAAGUAGGUUCUGUACACGACAUGCGUGUUUUCCGUUUGUCAGAUUUCGAAAAGAUGUGUACAGAUGAUAAUUUUCCGCACGACAGCCACAUAUUGGGUGAUGCAGCCUAUCGUCUCACAAAAUACAUCAUGGUACCAUUUAAAGAUAACAGUCAUCUAUCUGAACGUCAGAUACUUUUCAACACACGUCACUCGUCUGCUCGAAUGAUGGUUGAACGUUCAAUAGGUCUUUUAAAAGGUCGUUUUCGAAGCAUUUUGGAUACACUUCCACUGUAUAGAACUGAUUUAAUACCUAAAUAUAUAAUUGCAUGUUGCAUUCUGCAUAACAUAUGUUUGUUACAAAACGAUAUGAUAGACAUUCCUGUAAUUGUUAAUGAACAGAAUUGUGUACAAGCAGAACCGUUACAAGACACACAAAGGGAAGGUAUAGAUAAAAGAAAUGCAAUUAUGUACUUCUUAUCGUGAGAUGUUUUAUAAGUAUGUUUAUGUUAUAUAUACAUGUGUAUCACAAAAAUUAAAAUA